AAAUGCUACCCUCGCCGAACUCGUUGCACCAUGUCACUGAACAAGCUGAGAGUGAAGAGAGUGAAACUAAGCCGGAUAAGAAGAAGCUUGAAGAGCAACAAGAACAAUCACGAGCACGAGCAAAUGCUCGAACUGAGCCAAAUCGUGUGAAAAAGAGAAAAAAGGAUCUUAUAGCCCCUGAGCCAUUGGUCCCAGGAACGGAAGCUUACAAAAAGCGAUGGGAUGAAGCUGUGCAAAACAACAAAACAUGUAAAGCUUGCCAAGAUAAAUAUAUCGGUGUCCGCACAUCACUUUUCAACCCAAACUCUGACAUCCCAAUACCGCAGCCCGUUCCGCAACCCCUCAAUUCCUACAGCCUAUUCCAGAGCUGCUCGACAAAGUUUCUAGACCGAAACAAGAAAGAAGAAAUAUUCGAGUGGGAUGAAAUAAAAGCCACUAAUCACCCGGAAUACAAAAUUUGGCUGAGAAGACGUGAAACUUUAUUGCUGGAACAUCAAAAGCAAAUUCAGUUGGGAUAUAUUCGGCUUUUUACCAAUGAAGAGAAGCAUGCAAAAAAGAAGAAGAUAAAGCGUGAACUUUUUGAGCAAGAAGAUUUGCAAACAAAUUUCCGAGGAAUUCAAAAAACUCCAACGAAAAAUUCUUUGGAACAGAGUAGAAAUGAUUUUGUCGCGCCAGGCCCGUUUUUCACCAAAAUGGAAGUUUCUGAGGGAAGUUCAGAAGAAACCAUGGACUACCGAAGAAAAUGUGAGGCGUUUCUGGAUUCCCUGACUGGAGUUCGUGCGCUUUCUCCCAACUUCACCACCAACCAUGAUCAUACAUACUGCAAGCUUCACAACAACUCGUCAGGUGCUCAUAGGACCUAUUUCAAUGUAACCUCCGGCCUUCCACGUCCUGGGCACAAUGGAUCUACUUACAGCAUGCUUCACAACAGCAUGCCAGGUGCUCAGAGGGCCUAUUUCAAUUUAAACUCCGGCCUUCCAUGUCCUGAGCACAAUGCCCAUACAUACAACAUGCUUCACAGCAGCAUUCCAGGUUCUUACCGAUCUCAUCUUAACCUGAUCUCCAGCCUUCCACAGCAUAAUGACCGAACAUACCGCAUGCUUCACAACAGCAUGUCAGGUGCUCGCGGGACCCAUUUUCAUUUGAAGAUUUCUAGCCUUCCACUUCCUAAGCCCAAUAUGGAGCCCCCUACACUUCACAUCAUGCUUGAAAGCAACACGUCAAAUAUGCUAGGAGAAACUGUGCAUAUUAUGAUUGAUUUACCAGAACCCACAAAAAUCAACGGAAGUUCUCAACUGCUGAACAACGCACCUGUGAAGGAAAGUCGACCAAUCUGCCCAGAUGAAAAGGUUGCCCAAGCAUUGCCCACUGAAGUUAAAUCUAAUUUUUUGCAAGAACUUUCAUCAAACCGUUCGAUGCACGGCAACGCUUCUACUUCAAAUGCAGGCAGCAACAAGUAGUUAACCCCCGAAAAGUGAAUCCUCAAAGAGCCUAGGCUCCACCGUGAAAACUCAUUUUUUGUUCAGUUUUACCCCACUUUUUAAUAGCAUAGUUUCGCCAUUUGUUUUCCAUAAUAUUAUAUAUUAUGUUUUCAAUAUUUUCGUGAAAAUAAAAAUAUUAUUUUGAAAAUUGAAAAA